AGCACGCAGGGAGGUGGUAUCGCUCUUACUGUUCUUCCUCUCACUUCCUGAUCUCUGAACAGUAUUGCCCAAAUAUGUGGAGUGACAAACACAGGAUAACCUGUAGUAUUCUGGACCUUUGACAGACCGGCGGUGGAAAUACUUUUCCUGCAGCAGAGAUCAUUUGCUGGUGUAAAGUAUGUUCCUGUGGCAAUAUCUGUCAUCGCUCCUACUGAUAGCUGUUCACAUAUGCGAAGCUCAGGAAUGUGACCAAAUGAAACGUCUAAAUUUAGCCCAUGCGUUCAUUGGCACCAGCCUCAGAAUUAGAUUGGUGCUGUACACCAGAGAAAAUGUCACCUGUGGUACACUCGUGUCCCACACAGACUUGUCUGCCUAUCCCCACUUCAACUUGUCCAGACCGACUACGUUCAUCAUUCAUGGGUAUCGGCCCACGGGAUCUAUACCGACGUGGAUGCAGGACUUCAUAGAGCUGAUGCUGGUCAGGAUAGACACUAACGUCGUGGUGGUGGACUGGAACUACGGAGCCACCAAUUUGAACUAUUUCAAGUCAGUGGAGAACACACAGGGGGCAGCAGACAACCUCACUGCUUUCAUUGAAACGAUGCAGAAACACGGUGCCUCUCUGAGCUCCAUCCACAUGAUUGGAAUCAGUCUGGGAGCUCACAUAUCUGGUUUUGUGGGCGCUAACCUGAAUGGGUCAAUUGGAAGAAUUACGGCUCUGGAUCCCGCUGGACCUCAGUUCACUGGCUCUCCUCCACAGGACCGACUGGACUCCUCAGAUGCUCAGUUUGUGGAUGUCCUGCACACAGACAUAGAUUCUCUGGGCUACAGAGAGCCUCUGGGCCACAUUGAUUUCUAUGCGAAUGGAGGAACGGACCAACCGGGCUGCCCAAAGACCAUCUUUUCUGGAAGUUCUUAUUUUAAAUGCGACCACCAGAGAUCCGUGUUGCUGUUCCUUGGCUCAGUGAAUCAGACGUGUGUCAUCAGGGCCUUCCCCUGCUCGUCCUACACUGACUUUCUGGACGGUAAAUGUCAGAGCUGUGACCAGUUUGGUGCUGCUGGAUGUCCCGUCUUUGGCUACGACGUCACGCGCUGGAAAGACACACUGCUGAGGCUGCGCCAAACAAAAACGUUCUUCUCCACAAAUUCAAAGUCUCCAUUCUGCAGUACAAGCUACAGAGUGGAUGUGAUGAUAUGGAACAUGAAUAAUCAUCGGGGAUACAUGACCAUUAAACUUCAUUCUAAUGGUACAGAAGCAGUGGCAACUAUUGACCAUAAAUCAUCAGAGUUCAUGAAGUACACCGAGACCAAGUUGUUCGCCCAGUUUGACAAAGACAUUCAGUCAGUGGAGAAAGUGUCCGUCAUGUUCUCCGCUGGGGACGUAUUCAAGCCCAAAUUUAAGCUGCGCGUCCUCCGAAUCCGUCUCACACAUCUGGAACUCAAGGAGACGGCGCUCUGUCGAUAUGACAUCCUUCUUGAGGAGAAAACGGAGGUCACCUUCAGGCCCAUUCCCUGUGAAGAAUCCAACUUCUGAUACCAAAAUCGAACCUCAGGUCCUGAAAAAGUUCAGCUGACACAACUUCUGACACAAUGAAUGUGAUCUGAAGAUUAAAUGUGAUAAAUACUAUAUACUGUAUAUAAUGUACAUGUGUUUUUAAGAGAAAAAAAAUAUGUAUAUAUGUGCUUUUCUGGAAAAGGGAAUUUUACUCAUGGGAUUAAAUGUUCAUUUAUAAAAAAAAAAUUAUAUCAA